UAAGUCGUGACCAUAGCGUCUCUUAUUUGCCCAAUACACUGAGCCUCCAAAAGCUGACCCCGGGGGCACUACCACGCGCGGACCAAAGCCCGAUAAGAAAACUGUGAAAACUUUGAGCCCAGUGUACGGAAACAAAUGGUCCACACCGCUGAUUGUAUUUAUAUGUUGAAUGUACACACGCUAGGGUCGGGGGCACCUCAUUCUGAUUCAAACCUGGUAACUUGCAGUCACAAGUACACUGUAGAUCAGACCCGCCACUAUAUUGGGACCAAACGCGUCCUCAUCGGUGGUCUUCAGCCUCGCUCAGCCCUCUUAUCUGUCGAGAAAGACCUCCCAGCUGUUACGUACAGCUUCGCUGAGAGAACUCAAUAAUACACGUACCAGUGACCUGUCGUAAUACGUGGAGAAAAAAUGGCGCGCCGGAGCAGAGUGAGACUAACUUCGACUUUGCUUGUACUCCAAGCUCUCUUCAUCAUUCUAUUCGCCGUGUUUGUUGAUUAUGACAUUGAUGCCGACGCUAAGUACCACCCCUACGUUAGCGACCCCUCGCUGUUUCAUUUAAGCGACGCCAGUGCAGCGGCAAGAGAUGGUGGCGGAAGUUCUCAAAAUGACGGAGACAGCGUUACGUAUAAUGGUAAGAAGUCAAAAACUGGUUGGCAUAUACGGAUGGUGUCGAACAGUGACGUUGCUGCCCCACCUACGUCCAACGCUGGCACGUCAAACGCAGGCGACGCGGCAACGGCGGAAACCGAAGACCGCGGUGUUAACGGCAGCGGCAGUGAUGGAGAAAGGAAACGGCGGCAAAUUAGUGCGCCUACAUUCAAAAACGCAACGGCAAAUGAAAGUGUUCCCUUGACAACAGAAAGUACCACGGCAGACCGGAUGCAGUGGGUGUACACUGACACGAAAGCGAACAAGUUGAAGUCUUAUUAUCCAAGUUUCUACAUUUUGCCUUGGAUUUGCAACGGAAAUGAGCAAGCCUUGAGACUGCGAUUGUGAAGUAGGGAUGGCUGACUCUCUAGAAAUCCCGGAUGUCCGAUUGCUCACAACAAAAACGUCAAAACCGAUGCC